UCAUGCUACUUGCAAGCAGUGCAUUUGAAGGAGCCUCAGCAACGUGCACAGAGGAUGAACGAACCCUACAGCCCUGCGACACCCCGACCCAUCAGCAGCACCUCGCCCAGCACCAUGAAAAUGUUCAUGGGCUUCCUCGCUGUAUUUACUGUAGCACAGACAAUUGGGACCGUACUCUUCUGUUUGUAUCUUCACAUGAAGAUGGAUAAGAUGGAAGAGGCGUUGAGCUUAAAUGAAGAUUAUGUCUUCCUGAGGAAAGUACAGAAAUGUCAGACGGCAGAAGGUCAGAAGUCAACAUUAUUGGACUGUGAAAAGAUUUUAAAGGGCUUCCAAGACAUCCAACGCAAGGUACACUGCUGUUCGGUGGAUAAAGACCCCCUGAAGGAGCAGCCCAAGUUUGAAAUGCAGAGAGGCCCUGAGCACCAUUUGAUGCACAAGAACCAGACGUCUCUGUCAGCGGAGAAGAGGCAGCCGAUUGCAGCCCACCUGGCAGGUCAGAAUAGCAACAAGGCAGUCUCAGUGCUAGAGUGGAAGACAACGAUGUACGGCCCCACGAACAACAACGCAAUAUCCUACCAGGAAGGGAAGCUGAAGGUGAAGGAAGCAGGUCUCUACUACAUCUACUCCCAAGUCAGCUUCUGCACCAAGGCAGCGACUUCGGCACCCUUCACCCUCUAUAUUUAUUUGUAUCUCCCCAUGGAAGAGGACCGGCUCUUGCUGAAGGGACUAGACACACACAGCACCUCCAAAUCUUUCUGUGACCUCCAGUCCAUCCGGGAAGGAGGUGUCUUCAAACUCCGUGAAGGUGACAUGGUCUUUGUCAAUGUGACAGACUCAACGCGAGUGAGCUACAGCCACGGCAGCACCUACUUCGGCAUCUUCAAGCUGCAAUGA